CUCUUGCUGAAUUCAUGGACUCCUCAGCUCUCAUCUUCUCAAUUUUGAUCACAAUCUUGUUUCUUCACCGGACUACACCCCUCCAAUUCCCGCAAGAACUCAUCGACGAGCUCAUCAACGAUGCCAAUCACACUCAUUCCUCCUCUCCAGCAGAAGCACCCACUGUUUCUUCUCCGCUCGCUCCUGCGUUGUUUGUAAUCGGGGAUUCUUCCGUCGACAGCGGCACCAACAAUUUCCUCGGCACUUUCGCACGAGCCGAUCGGGCCCCCUACGGUAGAGAUUUCGACACUCAUCAACCCACUGGCCGCUUUUGCAAUGGAAGAAUCCCUGUUGAUUACAUAGCAUUGCGGCUCGGGCUGCCGUUUGUGCCGAGUUUUUUAGCGCAGACGGGCUCCGUCGAUGACAUGAUUCGAGGAGUGAACUAUGCUUCUGCUGGUGCUGGGAUAAUCCUUUCCAGUGGCUCUGAAUUGGGGCAACAUAUAUCUCUCACUCAGCAGAUCCAGCAGGUGAUGGACACAUUUCAGCAGUUCAUUAUCACCAUGGGAGAGGUUGCAGCAAAAAAUCUUAUUUCCAACUCCAUAUUCUACAUUUCAAUUGGAAGCAAUGACUAUAUACACUACUAUCUCCUAAAUGAGUCCAAAGUGCAAUCCAUGUAUCUGCCUUGGAGCUUCAACCAGUUCCUAGCACGGGCAAUGAAGCUCGAGAUUCAGAAUCUGUACAAUGCAAAUGUGAGAAACCUGAUUGUGAUGGGACUAGCUCCUCUGGGGUGUGCCCCUUAUUACUUAUGGUUGUACGAGAGCGAGAAUGGAGAGUGCGUGGAGAUGAUAAAUGACAUGAUUGUGGAGUUCAACUAUGCUAUGAGAUACAUGGUUGAAGAACUCAACCACGAGCUCAGUGGAGCCAACAUUAUCUUCUGCGAUGCAUUUGAAGGCUCAAUGGACAUAAUGAAGAACUCUGAUCGUUACGGGUUCAAUGUGACGAGUGAUGCAUGCUGCGGCCUAGGCCAGUAUAAUGGUUGGAUAUUGUGCAUAUCUUCUGAUAUGGCCUGCUCAAACGCCUCUAGUCAUAUAUGGUGGGAUCAGUUCCAUCCAACGGGCACUGUCAAUGAGAUCCUUGCUGAUAAUGUCUGGUCUGGCCGUCAUAUAAACAUGUGCUACCCCAUGAAUUUGCAGGAGAUGGUUGCUCAAAAUGCCAAUGAUUGAUCCCUCAAAACGGACACGGUACAUACUUCUCUCUCCACUUGUAGAGAAUUUUCUUUUUUUUUUAGUACAGUUCAUAGAUGUGUUUGUGCUUCAUCUAUAAAAAGAGGCAGUAGAAAAAGCAUUUGUAUUACAAUUCAUUGAGAAAUGAAAAUGGUAUAGUUUACAACUUGAAUCACACUAAGUCACAGACCAAAAUAGUAAUAUAGUCCUAACUUUGCAAUAUAGCCUGGUGUUGAGAAACACAAUAUAUUAUACAAUUAACUGAACAUAUAGUGCUACUGCUCUGGCGAAAAUCGCCCUUUUCUUCCACGAAAGAAAUUGGUUUUGUGGUUUCAACAGACCAGCUCCGAGUCUACUACUUCAGUCUCCAUGACAAAGUUUGGAAAUGCUAGAGUUAUCUCCCUGUGAUUCGAACAAGAAAUUAAGGUGUCGUUAGGUUCAGCUUGUUGUGCUGAGAAAUGGGAGUCGUGAUGGUCGACUAACCUUAGAUGUGGAAGAGUCAUGUUCUUUGUAAGGGAAGGAUACUUGGCCACCAAUUCUUUCCACUCUUCUAAGUCUAUUCUCCCAUCUCCAUUCAAAUCUGCCUCCUGUAGUGUCUGUAGGAAAAUCCAUGAGAGAAGUGAGCUUGUUAUUUCAGCAAGAAACUAGGAAAAAGAAAACACGAUCUUUACCUUGUCGACUAUUGCUUCAACAUCGUCUUCUGAAAGUGACAGUUCCGAUUCUCUGAGAGUAGCCACCACCAUUUCCUUC